AGAAUCCCGCCCCGGGGGCCGCACCAGGAAGCGAUCCUAAAGCUUGUGACCCAGAGCUGGGACGGGCGGGUUCUUAGCUGGAUGGUGAAGGUGGUGGUUGAUCAUCUGAUAAGAAGAAUAGGAAGAAACAUUGUAACAGUUCUGUACCCCGGUUAUGGAUGCACCGGUCGGGCCUGGUGAUGCCCAGCUACCGCUCAGCGUGGGCCUGAUCGAAAAGGACACAAAUGGAGAUACUUUGUGGGUUUGGUGCUAUCCAACUAUUACAGAAGAGUUUAGAGAACUUCUGCUACGGAAAUGUUGUCUUCGCGAAGAAAAGGAAUCUGUGCACCCUUUUUUAUACGGUCAAUACAAAAGAACAUGGUUCUAUAUCGCCUCCAACCAGGUAGAGAGUGGCUCCGUUUUGGAGAAGGUUACUCAUUUUUGUGUUGUUCUGACUGCCAAGGACUUCAAUCCUGAGAAAUAUGCAGCCUUCAGUCGGAUUCUCUGCAGGAUAUAUCUAAAGCAGGGCAGCCCGGUGCCAAUGAUGGAGAGUUAUAUUUCUGUCCUCACUAAAGGUGCUUGUCGGAGUGAAGAGAACGGGAUGUUUUUGUGCCGUGAUUAUGAUCAGCGCAAAGCUUUUCUUUCCAGCUCUGUCAAAGAUGUGGUGUCACAAUUUGGAAUGGAAACAAUAAUUCUGUAUACUGCUGUCAUGCUGAAGAAGAGAAUAGUCGUAUACCACCCGAAACUAGAAGCCCUACAGGAAUUCACCAGGACUCUUCCUGCGUUUGCCUGGCACCGGCAGGAUUGGUCCAUUGUGCUUCCUUAUGUGCAUCAAAACCAAGAGGAAAUUGAAGCACUAAAAAACUGCACAGGUUAUGUCGCUGGCUUUCAUGAUCCAGAUGUUAGUAAUCGCCCUGAUCUUUAUGAUGUGUACGUGAAUUUGUCAGAGAGCAACAUCACAGUAUCUCCAGGUGCAAAAGAGGCACUAACUUUGGGAAAACUACACAAAGACAUUGGGCAACUGAUUUUGCAGUCAGCAGAAGACCCAGAAACAUCCGAUAGUCAAAUUAUUAAGGAUAUCUGUGGGAAGACCAGAGAAAUACUCGCUACUUUACGCUCAUUUGCCGAAGCCAGCAAUGAUCACGAAAAGCCAGCCAUUAACACGGAGCUUUUGAGACAGAAGCGAUUCCCUCCUGCCACAGAAAACUUCCUGUUUCACUUAGGAGCCGCUGAGCAGAUGCUGCAGACGUGACACAAAUUUCCAUCCUCUAGCGAUAAAGGACAAGGACUGGCAAGAAGACAGCUCUGCGUCACAAGGGAUUUAAUUUGACAUACUCUGGCAUUUUUCAUCUUAUCUGGAGAGAUGGCAUAAAACCCUGAAACAUAAUAUUUUUUCCAGGAUAUUUUUGUGGCCUCCGGCAGAAAAAGACUGAGACAUGUUUAUGUAGUAUGUUACAGAAACUAAACAAAAAUCUAUUACUACCAGCACUUCAUAUACAAUUAUUUUUUUAGUAUGAGUCAAUGUGCCAGAAUGGCCAUCAGCGUAUACACAUAGAAUAUGAAACAAGUCUUGUGACAUAAUAAAAUAAUUAUUAUCUUG